GUUAAUGAUUGCAGCAGCCUCGCGGUGAGAGUAUAAAAGACAAGCCAUAGUCUGCUCCUUCGCCUUCACCUGCCUGAUACCAUGUCCUUCUCUGGAAAGUUCCAGCUGGAGUCCCAGGAGAACUUUGAGCCUUUUAUGAAGGCCAUUGGUCUCCCUGAUGAACUCAUCCAGAAAGGCAAAGACAUCAAGAGCGUCUCCGAGAUUGAGGAGAAUGGUGACAACUUUAAAGUGACGGUCACUACUGGGUCAAAGGUCCUCGUCAACUCUUUCACCAUCGGGCAGGAGGCAGAGUUGGAGACCAUCACUGGAGAGAAGGUCAAGGCGGUGGUUCGACGUGAAGGCAAGACAUUGAAAGUUUCCUUGAAGGGAAUCGAGUCGGUCACGGAAUUGGUUGAUGGGAACACGAUUGUCAAUACCAUGACACUCGGUGGAAUUGUGUACAAGAGGACAAGCAAACGCAUGUAGAAGUCUGCACUUGGCAUAAUAAAAGUUUGAAAA